AUGGCGCACACAGCUCAAUAUCACACAUACAUCCGCUGCGAGGGUAAUACAUUAUUGAGGAAGCUACCUGAGGAUGCUCGCUUGUCUCUCCGGUACUAUGAGACCGUGGGCUCCCUGCGUCCUUUUCACCCGCUGCCUCCUCUUGCGUCCAGCCGCAAAGUUAUUCCGGGGAAGCAGUAUUACUAUGUAGCGGUCACCGACUGGAGCUUGUAUCUGCUUACUAAAGACAACAAGGUCGAGGGUUCGGUGUUGCUGGAGGUGCCAUGGCUCGGCAUCCGCGAGUUGGAAAAGACCGAAGCCGACAGCGACGAGUUCCUAAACCAUGACCCUCGCAAGCCCGGCUCCGUCACCCGCUCUAUGGCCAUAUCCAUUUACCCGCGGGCGAGCCUCACAGAGAUCACCCCCGCUGAACUUCGCAAGGCAGGACUGGACACGGGGCCGACGCGCGGCAGUAGCAGCCGCCGCAGCAACGGCCAAAAGCCGCCUACGGCCCGCCACACCACCUCUACCGACUCAGCUGGGAAGGGGGAUGGGGUUGCCGGCGCGGGUAUGCAGCUACAGCCGUCACCGGAGCUUGCAUUUGUCGUACGGCAACAGCAGCAGUUGUACGACAACGCCACUCAGGUAUUGCAGCAGCAGCAGCAGCAGCAGCAUCAUCAUCAGCAGCAGCAGCAGCUGACACCACAGGGGAAGCAAGCGCCUGAUCAGGCAUCCAUGCGGCCACUUCAUGUCGAUGUCAUGGCCCAGCGGAUUCCCCCCGGGUAUUAUUAUCCGGAAUACUUCAGCCCGAAUUCGUACACGGUGCCGUACUCGGGGCACUACCCUGACCUUCGCCACGUUAGCCACACUCCGAUUCCCGCGGCGAUGGGUUUACAACCCCCUGUGUUUUGCCCCAAGCUCCGAGAAAUGUGGGGAAGUUGGCACCGACAGCAACAGCAGCGCGAAGCUCGUCCGUCCGUACAGUCGUACGUGGCCGCGCCGCGUUUGCCGACGUGCUCUGACCCGCGUACCGGCGAGCUGUACGAUGAGGGCUACUGGUGGGCUGGGCCCCGUGCUGGCGGCACCGCCGACGCUGCUGCGGCGGUGGUACAACCAGCGGCGCUGCACACGUUUGGACAGCCGUACAUGACGUACUCUUUGUACCGCAUGACGCCGGGACCGCUGGGUGACGCCAUCGAGCGCCCGGGAUUCGACCCGGCGGCGCUGCACCUGUCCUCCUCUCCCGCCGGGACCACGGUGCAGGGCCCGGCGGCGGCGGCGCCAGGGCCGCCGCCGCCACCGCAGCUGCCGCUGCCAAGCGGUCGCCGUGAAAAUCUGUUCAGCACGCUUCGUCGUCGCGGUCAGGACGGGUCAACGACGCAGGCAAGCUCUGCAAUCGCCUUCACAGGCACACUGCCCUCCGCACGACCGAGCGAUACGGCCGGCGGCGGCGCCGCCAGCGCCGCUAGCGCCGCACCACCGUCGCCCAGCCUGGUCAGCCGGAAGGACGAUGAGCUUCAUCGCGCUGUCGAAGCUGGCAUGCGGCAGCUUGAGAAUUCACUGCGGCAGCAACCGCGACCGCAGCUUGUCGUACAGUCAGCGGCGCCGUCAGGGCACGCGAGCGCUAGCAGGGCCGGCCGCAGCGCUACGGCCGAUGGGGCCGUGUACGGCGGGGCACCGGUGGCGGCGGCGACGCCCGCGACCCCACCCGGCGCCGCCGGAAUCAACCGAUUCAGCAUCUCCUUGAGACCCUACCUUGCCGCCGCUAAGGCGGCGGCGCCGUUGGCGACGGCGGCGGCGGCAACGCCGCAGGACAGCCGUCUGAACUCCACAUACCCCCGCCUCGGCUCGCGGUCCCCUGAAGAAGCCCCGGGAGGCCUCAGCAACACGGCGGCACUACAUCCUCAGCUACAACCGCAGCCGGCGCAAGUACUUCUCCAUCCCACGGCAGUAGCAGGGCCUGCUGCUGCCGUCAGGCAAGGUCCAGCGCCGUCAUCGCCGCGGCGGCCUGCUCCAGCUUCACGCGCAGCUGUGGCAGUAGCAGCAGCACCACCGCCACCAGCACCAGGAAUAGCGACGGCAGUAGCAAGUGAGGACGACGGCGACGCGGCGGGGUUCCCGCACCUCACCCGGCGGGGCCGUCGGUCUCGCAACCUUCCCCCGGAACCAGGAAGCUUCCAACUACCCUUCUACCCGUCCUGCCAGCCCGUGAUGUUUUCGGGGCCGUCGUACGGCGGUACGGCAAGCGGUGGCGGUGGCGGCAGCGUGUCGUUGCCCUCCGCUGUGACGGAGCCGCUGAUACGACUUGGGGAGCAGGUGCUGCGGCGGCAGCUGCGUACGGCACCCCGUACUUUGUGGGAGGAGUACGAACGGCAGGAGGCGGCGAGAUUAGCUGAAGGGCAGCAAGGCAGCGGCGGCGGCGGGUCCACCAAGGAGUACGACACGGUGGAAGAGGAGUACGAGGACUUUUGGAUCUCAGAUCCAGACGACGACGAUUUUUCUGCGGAAGACGACAUCCUAUCCCAGUACCGCCUGAUCCUGGUGACUAUCGAACGGAAGAGUAAUUUGUUCUUUCAUAUUCAGAGGGCCUGGCUGGGGGCCCACAUGCGGUUGGCGCUGACGGAGGCGGCAGUACGGGGCAUGCCGCUCUGGUACGCCCCUCCGUUCGUACCACGACGCAUCGUCGUGGAUCUCCCGGCUAACGGCGCGUACGACGACGCUGUACGGCAGAUUUCGCCAGCUGAGCUGCCGGAGGUUCGCGCCGCGCCGGAUGCCACUCAGCAGGCUCUUCAGUACUUCUCAGAUCCCGCACUUCUUGCAGAAGGUCUCCGCUCCGCAGCUCGGGCAGUGGGCACCACAGAGGCACUGGGGCUGCUUCCCGGGGAUAGCCCCGUACUGUACGGCCAUCCACCAUCCGGAGAAGGCUCCGCCACGCCGGCACUGCCCACUACCCCGGCGGCCCCCAAGAGUUACCACCCCUGGCCAAACCAGGCGCAGCGAAACCAGCAACAGCAAAUGGCUCGCGUCAUCACCUCACAACAGCUCAGUCUGAGCCCCAGCACCUCGAGGAGAAGUCUUGUGCGCCUGGGCUCGCUCCGGGGGACGCUGGGGGGAGCCGGAUCCGGUGGUGGCGGCGGCGGCAGCGGCGGCGGCGGUUUGGUAGCGGCGGCGGCGGGGGCGGCGGCUGCAGCGGAGCAGCCAGGGCGCCUGGGACGGAAGAUGUCUGACGGCGACGCGAGCGGCGGCGGCGGCGGCGAGUUGGACCUCAGCGUCUCCGUCAGCUCUGCGCUAUUGUCAUUGUACGAUGCUCAGCGUUCCCGCCGCCGAAGCCGUCAGAUCAACGCCCUGGGCACGCCUUCAGGGUCGGCGCCGGCACCACUGCAGCAGUCGUACGAUACCGCGGCGGCGUCACAUCGUGCGAUGGCGGAGCGCUCUGAUGGCGGCGACGCAUUCAACGCCGCCUUCAGGAAGAAUCUGAGCGCCUUCAACAACUCCUGGCAAUCGCUUCAGCUGCAGCACCAAGACAGCUAUGGCGGCGAUGGCGGCGGUGGCGAUGGCCGCCGUACAUCCGCACCAACCGUUGGCGCUAACAUCUCCCGUACAAUCACUUGGCAUCCUGAUGUCGCAGGGGAUGGCGCGGAUGAAAGGUCGUCGUACGCAACACGCGCGCCGACGGCGGCCGCAACAACUGGAUGGCAGCGGCCCACGCCAACGCCAACAUCGAACCACCUCCGCGCCGCCGCAUCCAUCGCUGCCGCCGCCAAUCUGGCGGCAGAGUGGUACGGCGCUGACGUUGACGCCAGGGAGGCUCGUGCCUUUUACGCUGAGAUUGAGGUCGCCAUGGGUUACGGCUGCAGCUUGUUCGAUGACGGCGAUGCUAAUCUGAUUCAGGAAAUCAUUUUGGAGCGAUCCUUCUCUCAGGCUCCGGGUGUACGGCAACUUUCCAAGUGCUUCUUCACGUCACGCCGUGUGUUCAGCUUCAUAUUGAGUCGCCUCUACGCCUGGGGCGCUGUAUGUGCCAUGUUUGGGAGCUCGGCAUCUCGCAAAACCACCUCCCCCACGCGAACACGGGCCGCCGCCACAACCACCACAACCACCACAACGGCCGCAACGGAUCACGGUACAGAUGCCCAAUCCGUACACAACGACAACCUGACCUCUAGGGUCAGUCAACGGCGCAGUGUACGGCGGUCCAUGACUGCGCUGAAGCGGGAUGGCCGCGGCGGCGGCGGCGGCGCAACAGCGGCGGCCGCAACGGCCGUCGGGUCAUCGUACAUCUCCCCGCCGUCGUCGCCGAAACCCAGCUCCUCGUCGUCCGCGUUUCAACAACAGCGACGCUGGCUGCAGCAGCAGCAGCAUUUGGCAGGUGCUGAGCAGCCGCUGUCGCCGCCGCCUCCGUCGCCGCCGGCAGCAUCAAGUGGUGGCGUCACCGGCGGCUGGCGAGAAGGCGGCGCACAGGUUUCGGGCCAGAGAGGUGGUGACUCGUACGGCAAGCCGUUUUCCGGGCCUGUGGCGGAGAGCCUUGGCGCCGAGGCAGCGACAAGCGGUAACCGUGCGCGGCUGAGGGCCAGCAACGACCCACGGGUCAUAGAUCUGGACGUCCCGGGGCCCCAGGGCCAAAGCCGGAGCCAAAGCCCCCAGUUCUCCUUACCGACGGCGCUCAGGGGCGGCGGUGUCGGCAGCGGCGAUGGCAGCCGUUCCCCGCCGCGCCACUCAUCCUUUGCUUUUCCUUCACUGCCUGCGACGGCCCCGUCACCCCCUAGCCCUCCGCCGUACACAUACAGCGACGACUUAGUGCCGCCACUGGCGCCCCCACGGAAGCCGAGAUUGGCAAACGGCGGCGGCGCCGCCGCCGCCGCCGCCACGCCAAAGUCCCCGCUGCCGCCGUCGACAUCGUCCUCGUCGCCGCUGUCUGCUGAACCACCCUUCACGCUUCGCCCCAAGAAGAGUGUUUUGGAUCAGGUUGCGGAUCUAGAUGAGGAGUUGUCGUUCUUUCAGCGACUCCACAACAGCCGCACCUGGUCCAUGUUCAAUAGGGGCGCUCGGCGCCAGAAACACCUGCUCCGGCGGUUGGGGCUAUCGGCGUCGGAGCCAACAUCCAUUCGGGCGACCGUACAGGCGCUUGCGGAGAUCUUGGAGUUGCAGCAGCAGUGGGCGGCCAAGGGUCCCCACCAGCAGCUGUACGGCAACGGUGACGGCAGCGGCGGCGACGGCGGUAGCAGCGGCAUCAGUAGUUUGAUGGACAUGCUGACGGGGCGUACGGCGAGAUCCGAGGAAAUGGUGCGCAGCGGGAUGUGGUUGUACGGCGAUGGCGACGGCGGCGGCGACGGCGGCGGCGGCAGCGGACGCCGCCGCAGCUCCUCCGCCGCCGCCGGCGUGCGCUCUGCGUACCUCCGCGCGAUCCUCCAAUCCAGGACAUCCCCCACAGAGGAGGAGUUGCUAGGCGGCCCCGCGGUCGAGCUCUGGGAGCGGUUGGCGGGUCGCCUAGCCGCCCGUCUGGCGUACAAACGGCUCCGUCGGAUGCUGUACUGGGUGCACCAGGAGUUGGCCUUCAGCGAGGGGUGUGAGAACCGCAUCCACUGGCUCAGCGAGGCGCUGGUGGAGACGGAGCCCGGAGCUCCCCCCGAGCUGGACUGGAGCUUCUCCCGCUGCUCCCGCACGCUAGUGGCGCUCGUGACCCAGAUGGCCGACCCCAACCCGCCAAUCCGCGAGGGGGGCAGGUACCCGCCCGAGGUGGAGCCCGCCAAACCGCUGAGCGGCUCCGAUAUGAUGUACUGGAUUCGGGUGGGUGGGCGCUCUCACUUUCGAAUCCCGAUGCUCCGUUGUACUCCGCGUGGUACUGUACUGCUCCGUACGGACGAGCAGUACGAGAUCAAGUCGUACACUCUGGAUUGGUCCGUCGGCAUCCUGUACGAAAUGACGGGCCUCAGUGAGGAAGCCCAGGCACUUGGGCAGUACGAAAAUGAAGAUAUUGUACUGCAGGUUCUACGGCAGCUCCCUCCCGAACUGCUGCUACAAUUUGUACGGCGGAUGUUUCUGAGGCUGGCGUGUUUUGUCAUGGGAUACGCGGAGCUGUACGGCAUUGCACGGCAACCCUCCCUAGCGGCGCUGGUGACGGCUUUCAGGUACGGCAGCGUACUGCUGGCGCUCGUGCGCAGCAUUAAGAGCUGCGCGGAAAUGCUGGCGGACGAGUUCUUCCUGCAGCUGUACUACCUUUUCCGUACGCAACAGGUCCAGGACCGUCUUCGUGUGGUGCGGGGCGGUAAAGACGCCGUACUGGCUGAGUCCACCCAGCAUCUGUUUGAAGCGGUGUUGCAAAUUAUUGGGGAGGUGGCGACGCGGCAGGGGCAGGCGGCAGGGGGUGUGGGGAGCAGCGGCACAGCGGGUGCGCUCAGCGUGGGCCAAAUCACCAGCCGCGCCGCUUUUUCCAAGAUGCCAGGGCGCCUCACGUAA